AUGGUACUGCCAACAUUCAGACCAAGUGCUGCGAGGACACGGUUCUCCAAUGAAAAGUACAAUGCCGUAGAGAAUGCACUGGGCGUCGAGCUCGCGCACAUCCUCCAGACAAAAGACCAGCAAGAUGUCCUCUCCUCGGUCCGCUUCCUAGAAGCAUUCUUCGAGGAUAUUGCCAUGACUUCGAUUAGUCCGCACCUCAAUAACGAGACAGUGGAUGAGCAACUCCUUCGCAAAGCGUAUCAACUCUUCGAGGCCAUCGCCCUUCGCGAUUCCGCGAGAGUGCGAACGUCUACAAUCGUAGAUGCGAUUCUUUCAUCACAAGGGAGAAAGUAUGACGAACUCGACGCCAGCCUCCAGCGGACACUCACAAUCGAACGCUGCCAGGAACUCUUGACGGGUGUGAAUGGUAUCGUUCAAACUUGCUUCGGAGCACGAGUUCCUCCAACGCAAACGUUGACAUCCCUUCAUCGCAUCCUACACGUCCUCGCCGCCAUUCUUCGCACCAAAAACCUCCUCGAUAAUGGCGGCUUUUCUCUCGCCUAA